GGCUGUUGCUCAUUGUUGGUGGUCCUCGGUUUUGACGUUUGCGAUCAUCAGUGUAGGGCCGUGUACCUCCGUCCGGGCUUACCGUUGCACGCGUCUUUGUUUGUCGCUUCCCGGCAAAAGCUAGCUCCACGCGGGAUGGUGGCAACCUAACCAUUGGAUGGUUUCACGUGAUGACCCGCCCAGGUACGGACAAAGCCAAACUCAAUUGAUUUCUGUCCAACCUACAGCACACUGACUCCAGACCGCAUCCAUCGCAUCUUUUCCUAUUGUGAAUUGUCUCGACCGCUGAACUCCCAGUCAUGAGACAAAUGUGCGCUUCGUGGGACAGAAUACGAUAGCAACAAUGAAGGAACCAAUUUAACUCACUGGAAUAUCAGCACAAUCAACUUAGUUUUCCUGAAGGCGCCCAUUACCGAAUGCGUGUGGCAUUUGCAGCAUUCGUGGGUGGGCAUUCCAGUGAAUCGAGGCCCAUCCGUCGACAAAAAAACUAUGCGCUCUAGCCCAGGCGGCAAUUAGGUAGGUACCUAGGUAGGUGACUACAGGUAGGACGGUAGGCCAUGAUAUAUCCCGACUGCAACCUACUGUAGGCUCUCCAUGUCCGACUGCUGCAAUUGAUGGAAGAUUUGGGAAUUUCAACGAGGCUUUGCCCCUGUCUCAGUUGGCCCACAGUGACGCAUCCCAAUCCGAUGUUGGGUCCUUCUAUCCAUUUCUUGGCAAUGACUGUUUCCAGCUGAGGAGACUCCCAAUUCUGCUUUCGAACACGACACAACAGCGUAGAAGACGAUCAAACCUCAACAACAUCUACAAAAUGGUUCGCGGAACAGUUCUGGUUACAGGUGGCACGGGCUACAUUGGUUCAUUCACCUCGCUUUCGCUCCUCGAAAAUGAUUACAAUGUCGUAAUCGUCGACAACCUCUACAAUUCCUCUGCUGUCGCUAUCGACCGCAUCGAGCUUAUCUGCGGCAAGCGACCGGCCUUCCACAAUGCCGACAUAACUGACGAGGCCGCGCUCGACAAGGUCUUCGAUGCGCAUCCGGAGAUUGACAGCGUCAUCCACUUUGCCGCCCUCAAGGCCGUUGGCGAGUCGGGCGAGAUCCCGCUCGAGUAUUACCGCGUCAACGUUGGUGGCAGCAUUGCGCUUCUGCGCUCCAUGCAAAAGCACAAUGUGUGCAACAUUGUCUUUUCGUCUUCGGCCACUGUCUACGGCGAUGCGACCCGCGUCCCCAAUAUGAUCCCGAUUCCGGAGCACUGCCCUAUUGGCCCGACCAACACGUACGGCCGGACAAAGUCGACGAUCGAAGAUGUCAUCUCGGACCAUGUCAACGCCCAACGCAACAACCUGAAGAAGGCAGACAAGCCAUUCGAUAUGUGGAACGGCGCUUUGCUGCGCUACUUCAACCCCUGCGGUGCUCACCCGAGUGGCCUCAUGGGCGAGGACCCUCAGGGAGUGCCCUUCAACCUCCUACCGCUGCUCGGUCAGGUUGCGACUGGCCAAAGGGAGAAGCUUCUCGUUUUCGGUGAUGAUUACGCCUCCCGCGACGGCACUGCCAUCCGAGACUACAUUCACGUCCUCGACCUUGCCAAAGGCCACCUCGCAGCUCUCAACUACCUCCGAGACAACAAGCCUGGUGUCAAGGCAUGGAACCUGGGUUCCGGUCGCGGCAGCACCGUAUUUGAGAUGGUCAAGGCCUUCAGCUCUGUCGUAGGUCGCGACCUACCGUACGAGGUCGUACCUCGGCGCCAAGGUGACGUGCUGGACCUCACGGCCAACCCAGCGCUUGCCAACAAGGAGCUCGGUUGGAAGACGGAGCUCCGUAUGGAGGACGCGUGCCAGGACCUGUGGAAAUGGGUCAAGAACAACCCCAAGGGUUACAGGCAGGAUCCUCCCAAGGAGUUCAUUGAAGCGCUCAAGAAAUAAGAGGUAGACUGGAAGCUGUACUGUUUGGACUUUGUCAUGUCUAACUAAUGUUAGCAGCCGUAAUGAUCGGAUAGCGGAGAAUCAAUCAAAGCGGAAAGUUCGAUAGAAUGUCUUGGAAGACGCAUGUCAAUUACUAUCAAAACUAAAAUAUGCCAUAUCCAGGCAAAAUACGCCUC